CUUGAACUUUUAUAUCGCGGGACAGCAACGAUUACCUCUACCAACAACUGCGCCGACACAUAAAAUAAACCAUCAAGCGGGGAUUACGGAGCUUUUAAUACUUGGGGGCGAACAAAUACCGCGAUCAUGGUCCGAAAACUCAAGCAUCACGAGCAGAAGCUCCUCCGAAAGACAGACUUCAUCACAUACAAAUCCGACAAUGGCCAUCGCGACAAGGCCGUCAUGCGACGGUACAUGAUCCAGAAGCCCGAGGACUAUCACAAGUAUAACCGUCUUUGCGGCUCUCUGCGCCAACUCGCUCAUCGCCUUUCCCUCCUCCCUCCCGAGAACGCAACACGCCGCAAGCACGAAGAACUCCUCCUCAACAAGCUUUACGACAUGGGUGUCCUUUCUAGCGCCUCCAAGCUUUCUGCUGUCGAGAACAGCGUUACCGUCAGCGCCUUUGCGCGCCGUCGCUUGCCUGUGCUGAUGACAAGACUGCGCAUGGCUGAGACCGUGCAAGCGGCUACGAAGAUGAUUGAGCAGGGCCAUGUGCGUGUGGGUACAGAAACAGUCACGGAUCCUGCGUACUUGGUCACAAGAGGCAUGGAGGACUUUGUAACAUGGACUGUGGGCAGCAAGAUCAAGAGGAACAUCAUGAAGUACCGCGACCAGCUGGACGAUUUUGAAUUGCUAUGAUGUGGCCAUUUGGAAUGGCAACAGGUGGAAAGUUGGAGGGGGAGAAGGAGGGAAAUGCAUGGGCAAUUGGGAGUUUGGGCGUCUUUGUAUGUGUUCUUCUUUGGAGGAUUCCGUCAUGAUGAUUCAAAAGUUUGAGAAUGGCUCUAUUUGCGAUAAUAGACUUUUGGUCAAAUCUCGACGCAGCGU